UUCUUUAACAGGAGUGGUAGGAAGGACCCGGUGGCGGCCAACAACUCACAGUAAACAAACCCCAGCAGGAGGACAGUGGCCGUUAUGACCUGAACUGUCAUUACCAGGUCUCACAAUGCCCCUGAGGAAUCUCUUCCGGGGCAGAAGUGCCAAAUCUUUUCCUGUAAAGAUUGUGACUCUGGAUGCUGAGCUGGAGUUUAACUUGCCCUGGAGAGCAAAUGGCCGGGACCUCUUUGAUCUGGUUGGACGGACAAUAGGACUCAGAGAAACCUGGUAUUUUGGUCUGCAGUAUGAAGACUCUAAAGGUGACUUUGCUUGGCUCAAGAUGGAAAAGAAGGUUCAAGACCAGGACAUACCCCGUCGCUCCCCGGUGCCAUUUGUAUUCUUGGCCAAGUUUUACCCAGAGGAUGUUAGUGAAGAACUUGUGCAGGAGGUCACACAACAUCUCUUCUUCUUGCAGGUUAAGCAGUCCAUCUUGAACAUGGACAUAUAUUGUCCUCCAGAGAUGUCAGUAUUAUUAGCAUCAUAUGCAGUCCAGGCCAAGUUUGGUGACUACAACCCAGCCACCUACCAGGGGGGUGCACUGUCCAUGAAGGAACUUCUACCUCAGCGUGUUAUCAGUCAGUAUCAAAUGACACCUGAGAUGUGGGAGGAGCGUAUCAGGAUCUGGUACGCUGACCACCAGGGCAUGACCCGGGACGAAGCCGAGAUGGAGUACCUUAAGAUAGCACAAGAUUUAGGCAUGUAUGGUGUCAACUACUUCAAUAUCACCAACAAGAAACAAACUGAACUCUGGCUUGGAGUGACAGCACUUGGUCUAAAUGUUUACGAGAGUGAGAACAAGUUAGAGCCCAAGAUUAGCUUCCCGUGGUCUGAGAUACGGAACAUAAUCGUCGACGACAAGAAGUUCACUAUCCGGCCCACGGACAAGACUGCCCCCAACUUUGUGUUCUUCUCCAAAAAUAGCCGCAUGAACAAGCUGAUCCUAGACCUCAGUAUAGGAAAUCACGACUUAUUCAAAAGGAGACGAAAGCCAGACACUAUAGAGGUUCAGCAGAUGAAAGCUGCCGCCAGAGAGGAGAAACUUCGUAGGCAGUUAGCUCGGGAGAAGCAGCUGAGAGAGGAGGUAGGGAGGCAAAAGGUGGAGCUUGAACAGCGUUUACUUCAGUACCAGGAAGAAAUGAGAGCAGCCAAUGAUGCUCUCAGAAGGUCUGAAGAAACAGCAGAGCUUCUAGUUGAGAAAUCUCGUAUAGCGGAGGAAGAAACAAUGCUACUAACUCAGAAGGCCUCAGAGGCAGAACAAGAGUGUCAGCGGGCGCACCUCAUCUCUGCCAAGACUCAAGAAGAAAAGAUGAUUAUGGAACACAAGGUGAGGGAGGCAGAAAUGCUGGUAUCAAAGUUGGUUGAGGAAGGAGAGAGGCGAGCUACAGAGUCUGACCGUCUGCAACAGGAGCUUAUCCGAGCUCGUAUUGCAGAGAAACAGGCGAAGGAAAAGCUGACUGGUUUUGUACAGAGCUUUAAUGCUUCCAUUAGUCACACAGCAGUCAACUCUUCUGUUCUUAAUGCUUCGCUGCUUAAUGCCUCCCUUCUGAACUCCUCCACACCCCACCUGCCAGCGUCGGCACUUUCUCACAGUUUGGUUGUGGGUAGCAGUAAUGACAUGGCCAUUGGGUCCACCGGAGACUUGCCCGACUUGACGUUGGGUGGCAGCACGGACGCUCUGAGCUCUACGUAUGUUGGACGCGAACUGAUGUCUUUAGACCUGUUAAAUGAUACGGAUGUGGAGCAGCUGAGUCUGGAGAUUGAGAAGGAGCGAGGGGAGUACCUGGAGAGAUCAAGACACCUCCAGCAACAACUGCGUCAUUUAAAAUCUGAAAUUGAAGUGUUAAAAGUGGAAGAGAAUCAGACUGUCCUGGACGCUGUGUACCACGAGCAGCUGCGGUCAGGAGAGACCAAGUACUCCACCCUUCGCCGCACUCGUUCUGGCACCACGAGGACCCGGGUCGCAUUCUUCGAGGAGUUAUGAGGUUUUUCAUAUCCUUGUGUAAUGAACUACUGCUUUUGGUAAAGGUAGUAAUUAUUGUACAAAUGAUUGGAACAAAAUUGGAAAGUUAUUUUGCUAGUUUCAAAGCUUUUUCUUUAUGUGAAUUGCAUACAGUUACUUUACACAUUUAAAUUCUGUCCUAAUUCUCUAGUUCCAGUCUCAGAAUAUUGGGGAAGUCAGUUGUUUGAUAUUUUCACAAAUUAAAUUUGCAAGUUCACUGAAGUCCAUUUGAUCAUAAAGAUUAUGAUCAUUUAGCACAAAUAGUACAGCAUUGAAAGUAGAAAACAUUUGUUGACGUGUUGGCCAUAAAAAUACAAUAAGUUCUUGCAUAACGUCGGGGUUACGUUCCUGAAAACGCGACGUUAAACGAAACAACGCUAGGCGGAUCAAUUUUCCCCAUAAGAAAUAGAUAAAAUAUGGGAUUUACGUUCGUGAGCCUUCCUUUGCCCCAUGAAAUACAUUACAUAUACAUAAAUUCAAAGCUCCUUGUGUGAUGCCUGGUGAGGUGCUUGUAUGCAUUACUAUAAAGUAACAUUCAAUGAGAUUUAUAAGAGAAAAACUUAAAACUCCUCUUCAUGGCAGAUAAAUAAAUACCACUAGGUAACCUUGGUUGGCCAGCGGGCUGGCGCCAGCUGUCAUUAUACAUCACCUCCCUUCCACACUUCCGGCAAGAUUGAAGGCGGUUUAGGCUUAAAGUUUUUAUCUUAUAAAAUGGCACAGACUAAAGUUACCAGAAUAUAAAUUGCAUUGCUAGAAUCCUUGCAAGACAGCAAAUAAUAUGAAUAUAGACAUCAUAUAUUUUGCACGAGAGAUAAAUUUUUUAGUCCCUUGAGUACAUUUAAGUUCUGUACAUGUUUUUUCAACUUAUUUUUUGGUAGAUAAAGUAACUUUCUUCAUUAAAUUUUACUCAUUUACAUGCACACACCAUCCUAAAUACAUAUUGUGAAAAAGGUAAAAAGUAGUCCUUGAAGACUCAAACUACGUUGUACCGAGUUACCGGGACGUUAAGUGAAUUUUUGGUUUCUAAAGUUUAGCAACAUAGUACCGAAACAACAUUAAGCGGGCCGACAUUAAGCGAGGACUUACUGUAGUACUGUAGGAGGAUUUUUGUCUUCCAUUCAUAUUUCUCUUCACAUGUUAUAGUUGCACUGUGGUCACUUGAGUUGUUUGCCAUAUUGGCUGAACAUGAGAAUUCUAUUUCCUCCCUUUAAACUUAUUUGAAAUAUUUGUUUCAACAUAUUCCUUUUGUUUUUCCCACUCUCUUGCAUCACCACUUUGUAAUAUUACCACUUUCUUGAGAGUACUUUUUCUCCCUGGUCCACCUGUAGAUAGUUGAAGUGAAGAUAAAAGGUAACUACGUAAGUUUUCUGGUUUUUCUGUCUUUUUCUACUUUUUACUUAAAUCUGUCCCCUUCCUUCCUUCCUUGUGAAUCCUUCAUAAGGCUAGUCCUUCUUUCUCACAGCCUCUUUAGUGCAGCUAUGUGGCAACAGCUUUACCUAUCUUUCUGCCAGAUCCCCACCUAGACUAGUAUCUGUUAAUGCCCGUCUUUGCUGUUGAAUGAUCUCUCUUAACUAGUACGUGGCAUUGAUUAGCAGCCGGAAGAUCGAUAAGGUUCUUUUGUGUCUUGCUUCACAUACUGGAAAGGGCAGCACAAUAUUGAUUUUUUUUUAACUUAAAGUAACUCGGCUUUUGGUUCAGCCAUAAUGCUCUUAAAUGUUAAAGAUGAACCUCUGUCUACUUUAAGUUUAAUAUGCAGCUGACUCACAACAUAAACCUUGGAUCUGAACCUCAGUCUUGUCUUUUGUCUUAAUUGUCAUUAUCAUUUAUUUUUGGUCGGCUGAUGCACCAUACACAAUCAGUUAUCAGUUCAUGUUUUAACGUUCUUGUCAGUUUUCUGUUAUUAUUAUUGUUAUUAUUAGACAAGUCAUAGGUUCUCAGUGUUGGAGAUUGCCCAGGAUAAUACUGCCAGGUCUUUCACUGAUGCAUUUCUUUUUCAUUCCUUCUCCGAUACUCCUGGUACAUAUGAUAACUUAUACAUUACUUCAUAGUUCACUUAUCUCAUCUGCUUUCCAAAAUGUCCCGCCCACUAACACGUUUUGUCAGGUGUCGUAGGGGUUGGUGCAGUCUCUGAUGUAUUUCUGGGAGUUACCCAACGUGCAUUAGAUGUCCCUCAUUGUGUUUUCUGCAUAACAGUAUUGGUGCUUCAUCUCAACUGCUGUAACCUUCUUUAAGGUAAGGCAUUUACCUCUCUCACAGCUGUGAAUUUCAUUCCUAUGUAAAAGCAACAUAAAUUUUAAUAUAUUUGCUGUGUUAUAAAGUUGUUCCAUUAAAGAUACUAAUAGUGUGUAGCGUGUAUCACAUGUAAUGAAAAUUGUGAUAGUACAGUAUAAAUUAAAAUAGUUACCCCAUAUUAAGAUAUUUUAUAUGGGGAGAUGUAAGAGGUGAUCCCUGUACAGUAAUUACAUGUAACAGAGUAGCUACAUCAGUUGCCUUGACAGCACACCGUGGUAUACAGUAUAUACUUAGUUAAUAAGGUAUUUCUCAGUUCAUGAAAGGAAUGCAAAGGCCUUAACACUAGUUUUGUAUUAACUCAAUGAAUUGACUCUACAGAGCCUUGUGUGCCUACAGGUUAGUUGUAAUAUAUAUUGUAUAGGAAUUGGGUGAAUAGAGCUUAAACUUCAUCAUAACACAUAUGUAUAUUUUCUUACAUAUUUAUUGUAUUUGAAGUAGUGGUAAGUGUUAGAAGAGAUUAACUUGAUAUAUACAGUACUUUACAUCUCGUAGAAAACAAGUUUGGUUGUGCCUUUUGGCUGGAAAUAGGAAAUAUUUAUGCAAGUACUGUACAGUACUGUAUAGUUAUAUGUCAAACUUUCAAAAUUGCCAUCACACUGAAUAGUGACAAUUGGUGUACUAAUGAUCACUGUUGAUGAGGUUACUCAAUUGUACAGCUAUGGAAUUUUUAGUUACAGGAUUUUGAGUCAAGGACAACUUUUUAGGAACGUAACCCAUCCAUAACUCGAUAGUUAUGCCUUGAUGUUAACCAGUGGAUCUCAGUCAUUGGUUGCUGUGAAGUGAUUUUUCAGAUUAUAAAGUGAAUGUGUAUACAGUAUGGACUAUGUGAGGAGAAAAGUCUAUUAUAUGUCAAGGGUCUGUUACAUGUGAAACUUCCAUCUCACAGACUAUAUAGAGGUGAAAGUCCAUUGUAUCAAGGGUCAGUUAGAGGUUAAGCCCCCAUCUAUAGGAUUAUUUGGCGAGAGAAGUCCAUUAUAUGGGGGUUUCACUGUAUUUGCGUAACCAGAGCUGCCAGAGGUAUUUUGAUGUACUGUACGUGUGUUCAAAAUAACUUUCAAUGUCAAGCAAAGAAUACAAAUGCAUUUUUUCUUAUGUCGUCUUUUGGUGAUAGAGAGAAGAAACACAACAUCUUUUUUGAAUGAGCAAAUUGAUGUUUAUUUUGUCUUACAGUGACACUAACACUGCUUGUAUGUUAAACUAAUCUGUAAUAAAUAAUGCUCUUAUCUGAUCACCAAACUGUGUGUACUAUGUUAAAAUGGAUCAUUUGUUUCCCGUAAUAGCUCUUUCAGUUUUGACUUCAUCCUUCCUCUAUGACGAUGACCUAAUUUACUAAUGUUUUAAGUUUGCUAUCUCAUUCAGCAGCUGUAGGAUUAUAAUGAAUAGCUCAUCUUUGUAAUUAUCACUCAUGUGGUUACUUAGUUUAGUAGAUUUUCAUACAUUUGUGCCAAAGAAAUCAUGCUAAUGGUGGUUAUUAUUGACAUAGUACAGUAUGUAUGUAUGACGAUUGGCAAUUUGUCAUAACUUUUUAUUUUAAUUUAGGUUAUUUAUAGGCCAUGCCAUCUGAAAAUGCAAAGACAAGGCCACAUGUGUUGUCUUCUCUUGUUUGUACGUCACCGUAAUAUUUUGUGGUGCAACACCGUAAGUGGUAUUUUAAGAGUUGAAGACUUUAGUAUUUUGUCUAUUGUUCCUAGAUGCCAAAGUAGAGGAUGUAUAAUUGUAUGUCUGUUGUGUCUCAUAUUUGUUGACUUAUUCUCAUGUAUUUCUGCUUUAUAAAAGUAUUUAUAAUUGGUCCCUGUCCAUAUGAGUAAAUUUCACCAAACAUGAAUUUGUGGAUCAUUUCAUAAAUUGCAAAUCCAGCAACUAGUAAACCAACAAAAGUAAUGUUGCAAUAAUUGCAUGAGUGAAAGUUUCAGUACUGUAGUUUUCCCAUUUGCAAACAUUAGCCCAGUAAUGUAUGCUGCUGUGUGACCAGGACCAAGAAUAAAAAGCAGAUAUUUAGAUAUGAAUAUGAUUUAUAGAAUACUGUACUGAAUGUAGUGAGGGUUUUAUCUCGAGUAAACACAAAGAUAAUCAUGAGGAGCGAACCUUUGUGAAAUGUUUACUCUUGCUUGUGGAAUAACAAGAGUGCAUGUCUUACAGUGGCAGGACAGGAUAUAUAAUUUCAAGAAAUUUUGUGUUGGGGAAUCAGCAGGAACAAUUUUAUGAUGGGGACUAGUGAAGCUAUAGUCUCUAACUAGGUGAGAAAAUUUGGAAUGUUAAAAAUGGAGGAUUCUGUGAUUGGUUGGAAGGUGAUGCAUGGGACGUGUGGGGGGGUUAUAGAUGUUAAUACAGGGCAUACUGUAUUUUUAACACUGGCUGGAGGAGUUAAAUUUAGGGCAGUGUUCCUUGGACAUGCAGAAGUAAUCUAUUCUGGUUAGGUUUGCCAUAAGAGAUGGCUGAAGAUUUUUAAGAAAGAUUGUACUUUUCCCAUGGCUUAAAAUUUCUUACAUGAAAUUAA